AUGAAUCAAUUCUCAGAUGGAAUUCCUAGAGAAAUUGGAGGAUUGGAAACUUUGGUGCAGCUUUCUUUGAGACACAACAAUUCGCAAGGAGCUAUACCCAACUCAAUGAGCAACAUGGUAGGUUUGGAAUUCCUAGACCCUUCUCAUAAUAAUAUAUCUGGAAACAUUCCUAAGUCUUUGGAGAAGCUUCAAAACUUGAAGUAUUUCAAUAUUUCUGUCAACAAAUUGUAUGGUGAAAUACCCUCGGGAGGUCCUUUCAAGAACCUCUCGAGUCAGUUUUUCAUCUACAAUGAAGCAUUGUGUGGUUCUUCAAGAUUUAGUGUCCCGCCAUGCCCCACUUCAUCAAAGCACAGAUCAAAUAGGAAAAAAUUGCUAGUUCUUUUUCUUUUUCUGGGAAUUGCACUAGUAGUUGUUCCUAGCACCUUCAUUUUCUUCUGGAUAAGGUAUAGAAAAGGUAAAAGAGUUCUUCAACAAGCUGAUUCAUUGUCUACCAUAACAAGUGAAAGAAUUUCAUACUAUGAAUUGAUCCAAGUAACUGAUGCGCUUAGCGAGAGUAAUCUGAUUGGUUCUGGGAGUUUCAUCUCUGUUUACAAAGGAGUUCUCAGAAGUGAAACUGCCAUUGCAGUCAAAGUGUUCAAUCUGCAACUAGAUGCGGCAUUCAAUAGCUUUGAUACGGAAUGUGAAGUUCUGCGCAGCCUUCGCCAUAGGAAUCUCGUAAAAGUCAUUACUAACUGUUCCAACCUUGAUUUUAAGGCUUUAGUGCUGGAGUGUAUGCCAAAUGGAAGUCUUGAGAAGUAUUUGUAUUCACACAAUUACUUACUCGACAUCAGGCAGAGACUAAGCAUAAUGAUAGAUGUGGCAUGUGCAUUGGAAUAUCUCCAUCAUAGGUGCUCGUCGCUUGUGAUUCACUGUGAUUUGAAGCCGAGUAAUGUCUUGCUGGAUGAUGAUAUGGUUGCCCACCUAAGAGACUUUGGUAUUUCAAAACUACUUGGUGAAGAUCAGGGUGAUUUGUACACUAAAACCUUAGCAACAUUGGGGUAUAUUGCUCCAGAGUAUGGACUGGAAGGACUAGUGUCAACAAAGUGUGACAUCUAUAGUUAUGGGGUCAUCUUGCUGGAAACAUUUACUAGGAGAAAGUCUAAUGAGUUUGAAAGAGAUCUUACCUUGACGCAAUGGGUGAGUUAUUCACUUCCAGAUGCAGUAAUGGACAUUGUGGAUGCCAACUUGGUAACAGCAACAGGUAAUGGCUUACAGAAGGAGCUAGAUGUUGUGGCAUCAAUCAUGAAAGUAGCAUUAGAUUGUUGUGCUGAAUCUCCGGCAAGAAGGACAAACAUGAAAGACGUUGUAGAGAUGCUGCAGAAAACCAAGAUUCAACUUCUUGCAUGCUGA